UUUUCAUAAAUUUUUACCUCUGUAUAUUCCCCAAAAACAUCUUCAUUUAAUAUAAUAAUACUUUUGAUUAUAAUAUUUUCACUGUCACUAAACUUUCCUCCAAUAAUCCGGCUCUUCAGCAAACUUAAAUAUCAACGCUUAAAAAGUAAAAAGAUGAUCAACAGACUGUCAAAAAAUGGUUCAAAAUCAACAUCCCAAUUGUCUCACUCCAUUGAGUCAGCAACGGAUGGAAAUGUGAAAAAAACCGAGGACUGGUCGUUAUUCAUGGGCAUAUGCGAUCUCAUCAACACGUCAGAGGAUGGCCCCAAAGAAGCAAUAAAGACAUUCAAGAAGAAGUUUGCAACAAAGCACCAGCAAACAAUUGUUCUCACUUUAUCUUUACUUGAAACGUGUGUGAAGAAUUGUGGCAAGAGAUUUCAUGUUCAGUUAGCCACAAAAGACUUCCUACAGGAUUUUAUGAAGAUCAUCAACCCAAAGAAUAAUUACUCUGUUGCCCUCCAGAACACAGUGCUCGGUUUGCUACAGACGUGGGCAUUUGCAUUUCAAAACAGUCCUGAGUUGAAGGAAGUGAACAAGACAUACCAGGAUUUGAAGGCCAAGAGAGUUGAGUUCCCACCCCUUGAUGCUGACAAGGCAUCUCCCGCUUACAUCUCCCCACAAAGUGCAUCGGUUUCUUCAUGUGUCGUUGAGAGCAGUGGCCACAAUCGACCUCAGCAGACAGCAGCAGGCACAGCUCCUGCCUACCACGACCACCGUCACCACCUCCAACAACAACAACAUCCAACUCAAACAUCAUCGUCGUCGUCGUCGUCACAUCAGAAUCAGCAAAAAAUUCAAAAAUUGAAAUCCGAGUUGAGUGCAGUUCAACAGAACUGCAGAGUUUUUGGUGAACUUUUGACUGAGUUGUCACAAGGUGGAACAUUGAAUUCAGCCAGUGACCAACAGUUACUUGAGGAGUUGAACAGAACUUGCAGAGACAUGCAGAGAAGGAUACUGGACUUGCUGCAAAACUCACAAAUUGAUGAUGAGAUUACGGAUGACCUGCUGCAUAUAAACGAUGAACUAAACAACGAGUUCGUUCGCUACGAUAGAUACCAUCACAGAAUGGUCAAGAGUAACAGCCAAAAUACUCUGCUGCCCACCGCCACUGGAGAGAUUGAAUCUACGGAAAAAGUGGCAGGAGCAGCAGCAGCAACAACCACCACCACCAACUCUUAUGUGGCUGUCGCCAACCUCAUUGACUUGAAUGAUAGUCCAUCUAUAGCUUCUGCUGGUGGGGGUGCAGCAGUUAUCAACUCUAGGCUGAACAAUCUUACUCUGCAAAGUGCACUGUACACUGCAACAGGCCAGGAUCCAUUCUCGCCUCUUCAACAUCAGAAAGAUAUUGUGCUGGAUGCAUCGUCAUCGUCGUCCUACAACCCGGAGUUGCUGAAGCAGGAAGAGGUCAACGAGAUGGAGACCUGGCUGAAAAUGAAUGAAGGCUCAGAGAAUGUAGGAACGUCAGGCGGAGAAGACCGCCAGAGCGCCUGCAACAACAGCAGCACAGCUACCAGUUCGGAAUUUGAAAGAUUUCUCGACAGAGCCUCACAUGUCCCCAGUCAACCUAAAAAUUAGCCAAAAAAGAGAACCUACUGUAAAAGUAGCAGUUGAUCGAUUAAUGGAUUACAUUACAAUUUGUAAUUAAUCAUCUUACUAACACAAACAAACAAUUUAAUGUCAAUUUUCUACCUGUGUAGGCUGCUGUUGUUGUUGAGAUUAAUUUGUUAGCUUCUUCUUCUUCUUCAGCAUUUCUUGACUUCAUUAUUAUUAUUAACCGUUAAAACCCAUCGUUAAUUCUUACAACUUUGCCAUUACAUAUAUUUAUUGCUUUUCAACAUUCCAUUCAUAAUUGUUCAGUGAAUUUAUUUGUGUAAUGCAUUCUAAAGUUCAUUUUAUUUACCAUCCUGCAACUUUUAGAUAAUCAUGUCGAGUUAAUUUAACCAAUUUUCAUCGCGUAGUAAAUUAACUUUCGUAACGAGUGAACAAUUUUAUCACCUAGUUUCUCAAUUAAGUUCAAUAUUUCUAUUCUUUUUCUAAAACCGAAUUUCAAGCAGCUUUUAAAUGUUUAUGUGCAUGAUGUUUUUAAAUGUGAUUGUUUGUACUUUCAAAUUCAACUACUCUGUCAUUCAUGAAUGAAUGCAUGGGUAAAUGAAUGAAUGAAUGAACGAAAGAACGAAUCAAUAAGUGAACGAAUGAAUGAAUGAGUGAGCAAAUCACGCACCACACGUUGUAAUAUUUUUUCAUACUAUUUAAAAUAUCAUAUUUGAAUAAUUAACAAACAACACGUAGGACAUGCAUACGAAUCUGAUGAAAUUUUGUUGAAAUCAUUUGAAUCACGAUCGACACACACACACACACACACACACAAACGAACACACACAGAGAGAUAUCAUUCAAAAUGCACAAUCAGCUUUACUCGCCAUACAGAUAAGAUGUUCAAAUCAACAAAGACUAUCAGACAAACGACGAAGCAAUCACAAAUUUAAUUACAGUUGCUAUUGAGUUCGAUUGAAUAAAAAUUUUAAAAAAA